UGCUGAGAAGAAACUGGCACCCCACAGAGCAGUGAGAAUAGGGCCGAGUCAUUUUGGAGGGAGAGAAAGAGGGGGUGGCUUGGGUCCUAGGCCUAAGCGGCUUUUGGUGUGGAGGGCAGAGUUGGGAGUUUGGCGGGGGGAGGUGGCAGUUUCAGCUUAAUUUCAUCUGGUUCUCUUCCUGCAUUUCCCUGGAGUUCAGAGGGGACCUAAUUAACUGACAGCUGGGCUGACUGCCAAGCUGGGGGUGGGGGUCAGUUCCUGGGAGUGCUCAGUGUCUCCCCCACCACUACCACCUCAGCGUUCAGCUUGGCUCAUGUACCAAGGAGGGCAACUUUGUUUUUAAGAGGCCUGGGUAAGAGUUGCACAGCCUGAGAGGGACUGCCAGAAGGGCCCAGACCAGGCCCCCGGGGGCCUGGGGCUCUGCUCCACACCUAGACUUCUGAGUGAGGUCGGCGGUGCCUGUGGGGCUGCAGCUCAGCCCUCCACUGCAGCUGGAUCUGGUUUCUUUGGACCCCUUGAGCUGACCUCCGCUGGGCGGGGUUGCAUGGGUGCCAUACCCCAUGGGUCAUCUUCUGUAGCCAGCUUCGUUUCCUGAGAUCCGCCGCCGGAGACCAACCCCUGCCAUGCUGUUCCGGCUCUCAGAGCACUCCUCUCCAGAGGAGGAGGCCUCCCCCCACCAGAGAGCUUCAGGAGAGGGGCACCACCUCAAGUCGAAGAGACCCAACCCCUGUGCCUACACGCCUCCUUCACUGAAAGCCGUGCAGCGCAUUGCUGAGUCUCACCUGCAGUCCAUCAGCAACCUGAGCGAGAACCAGGCUUCGGAGGAAGAGGAUGAGCUGGGGGAGCUGCGGGAGCUGGGCUACCCGAGAGAAGACGAGGAGGAGGACUAUGAUGAUGAAGAGGAGGAGGAGGAGGAGGAGGAUAGCCAGGCUGAAGUCCUGAAGGGCAGCAGGGGGUUUGCUGGGCAAAAGACAGCUUGUGGGCAGGGUCUGGAGGGGCCCUGGGAGCGUCCACCCCCUCUGGAUAAGCCCCAGAGAGAUGGAAGCUCUGAGGACCAAGUGGAAGACCGGGCACUAACUGAGCCCCAAGAGGUGCCACAGGGUCCUGCCCACCCUGAGCCUGGCACUUAGGCACCCAGCCCUGCAUCUCCCAGAUGGAAGUGGAGGGGGCAUCGCUGUUCCCCAGAAACCCACUCUGUCCCCACCCUAUUUUGUACCCUUCCCCUCACUCGCUAGGGCUGUGGCUUCUGACUUCUAGAAGACUAAGGCUGAUCUGUGUUUGCUUGUUUGCCCACCUUUGGCUGAUGCCCGGAUUCCCUGGGCACUUGCUGCCUGAUGCCUACCCCUGCCAGCCAUUCCCCCCUUUCACCCAGUGGGAAGUGGGAUUUGAGAAAGCUUGCAUUGGAAAAGCCAGUAUAAACAGGGGACAAAGUUUCCUCCUUCAAAUUCUACUCCCCAGACCCUCUCCCCUGGGCACAGGAAACCCACAGGGCAGGACCCUAAGAUCUGGGGAAAGGGGGUACUGAGAAUCUGCAGGUGCCCUUAGAUCCUUCUCCAUCUCCUUUCCCAUGGGGGAUUCCAAGUUACCACCGCUCUCACUGGCUUCUGCCAGGGCCCAGGAUUCAGGAAUCCUUCUCCACAGCCUCAACAUUUCGGAAAUCUUCCCCUUUAUCACUCCUGCUCCCCAGCCUGGGUGCCUGGACGAUGGUCAGGCAGAGGCUGCUGUGUUGCGUUUUGUUUGUGCUUUGAUGCCAGGAAUGCCGCCUAGGAUAUGUCCUUAGUGGGGCACAUGGUGGAGGAGCCCAGGUUCUCCUGGUACUCCAGCUGCUCUGCCCCCUUCCCCUCUUCUCUGACUCCAGGCCUGAACCGCUCUGUGCUGUAAUAAAUCUUUGUAAAUAGUU